AUGGGCAGCACCACGCUGCUCUCACUGCCCACCGAGCUUCUGGACAGGGUCUAUAGCCACCUCGACUGGGACCGCUCGAGAUCGCUGUACCUGGAACGACCAGACAUCGUCAACAUCAGUCUCACCUGUGUCCAGCUGCGGCAGUCAGUCCUCCCUCUGCUCUUCCGACACGUCAUCCUGAAGUUACGCUGGGUCGAUGGCGCCUUGAUUGAGCCGACCCUCUUCCGGCUCCGAAGAUACGAGCCACAGCUUGCACGGCAUGUGCGCUCUGUCCUUAUCCAGACCGAGUUCGGGCAGUAUGUCGACCCCGACUUUGUCAUUCCUGGAUUCGCUGUUCCGGAAGCCUUGUCCGACUGGGUCAACCCGGCAUCUAUUCCCGACGACCCUACACGUGCCGUCGAAAUCUGCCAUCGCCAGAGCGUAAUGGAAGUUGCUCGCUCGCUAUUUGAGAAGUGCGAGCACGCUGAUCUCUCUGGGCCUUAUGGCGAGGAGCUCAAGAAGAGGGUCACCAACUUCAGCUACCACAUCUUCGGCAAGCAAAACUCAUUAGAUUCGUCUUCAUCGACUGCCACUCCCGACGACGAGUCUCGCCUACUGGGACCCUUCGGGCAGAGCAGGUCUGCAGGGUGGACGAAUGCGUCACGCACAUCGCUUGACGAGAGCAGAUACUUAGACUCGGUUCAUGGUGCGGAUCUACUGCCUGCGGAUUCCGAGUCAAGGACGUCACGCAGCGAAUGCAUCCGAUUGAAGCUGGAACUGGAUGCGCUUGUGGUGGUUAUGCUACUACUACCCGCAACAGUGACGUCGGUGUCUUUCGAAGCGCAUCCUCGGGGCCGGCUGGAUCUCCUUCGCCACGCUUUUGCUCUCAAUGUUGCUGCACGGGCAAUCGAUGUCUUCGGAGAGCGGCUACAACACUUCUCCCUGAUCACGUCUCCGCCGCAGACCCCGCGCUACAUGCGGGCCGGUCGGGAAUACAGUGAGCUGGACCGGGAAAGCAACAUUUUGACAAACGACGUGCUCAAUAGAAUGCGCAAGUUGAAAACUCUUGUCAUCUCCGAUCAGCAGUCUGGGGGAAACCAUCGCCUCCGGGGACUGACGACCGAAGGGCAGACUCAAUGGCACACUCUGGCCCACACGCUUUCUACACUGGAGCUGUGGAAUUUCGAGAUCGAUUCUCGGGAGCUCUUACGGUUUGUGCAGGGCUUCGAUCAAUUGGAGAAGGUGGCGUUCGAAAAUGUCGCCCUCAACGACACUCAAAGGAAUCUCAUGCUACCCGGAGCGCACCGGCGGGAGAUCAGCCGUACGGUGUGGCUGAUGUUCCUCAUCCAGCUACGACGCGAGAUGCCGACAGUGGCGAUACGGCUGGGCCGGCUGAAGGAACACGGCAAAAUCACGCCGCUGUCACCAAGUGUGGUCAACUGGUUGACGACCGAAGCCAUUCCCACGAACAGUCUGGUUACUUAUGACCGAGAGACGAGAUUGGUGGAGGACUUUGGGUAUUUCCUGGACCUUUGGAUUGCGGACGACGGGGUGCGUGGAGAGCAGGCGAGAGAGGCGCGCAAGGAUGGCCGGUUGGUGGAUGCUGCCAUGACUAGUCGAUGGAAGACUUUUGCCAAUCAGCGCUGA